AUGGCUGAACACCACUGCGGGGGCUCUCAGGACUCCCCGAGACCCCGUACCAGCCCCCCGUCCGCCGUGACCCUCCGCCUUCCUCCCACUACCGAACCCCCCAGCGACUCGAAUCCGCCAAAGCAGAAGACAUGGCUCAUCUUUGGGGCAACAGGGCACAUGGGACGGUCCCUCGUCAGGUGCUGUCUGUCUCACGGUGAUAGGGUAUCUGCGGUGGGCUGGACGAAGGAGCACACGCUCCAGCAGAUGCAGAACGCGAAGCCCGGCGAGCGGAACUAUCAUGGCCUGCUGUGUGAUGUGCGGGUUCGAGAGACGGUGGAUGCAGCAGUUCAGGCGGCUAUCAAGCACUGGAAGGCAUUUGACAUCGUUGUGAAUUGUACAGGCUACGGAGUUAUCGGGGCUUGCGAAGAUCAAGAUACACACGACUUACGAAAUCAAUUUGAAACGAACUUCCUCGGCACCUUGAACAUCAUCCAGCUCUCCCUCCCCUACUUCCGUGAGCGCGCCGAAUCUCUGUUGGCCGCCGUACCGGAAAAAUCAAAGAGUGGAAGCGCACAAGUCGCCCCUUUCCCCUGCCGGUACAUCAUUUUCAGUAGCACUUCCGGCGCACUCGGCGUCCCGGGACUAGGCCCCUACUGCGCGACGAAAUAUGCAGUGGAAGGACUGAUUGAGAGCAUGCUAUAUGAAAUCGACUCUUUCGGCAUCAAGGCAAGCUUGAUCGAACCAGGGCACGUCCGUCUGGACGACCACCUCGCUGACGGACCGGAAACGCAACCGCUGUUUAACAGCCCUGUGGCUAGCUCCGUCGUUCCUCCGGAAACCGACACCGGAUUGAAGAAUUCAAAAGGUCUGUCACCAGGAAAACCGCGGCGAUGGCAAGCGUUCCUGGUCAAGCCGCCGUCGGCGCCGUACGAUAGUCCUACUGCACCGUCAGCGCAUGCCAAGCGAGUGGUCCAGUGGCUCAACGAUCGGCAACCUACCUCGGCAGUCAAGAGUGCGGAACUCGUCUGGCAGCUGGGCCAUUGCAGUUAUCCUCCCUUGCGGCUGUUGCUGGGCGGUUUCGCCGUCGAGAGUGUCCGGGACCGACUGCGCUGUGUCACCGAGGAGAUCGAAGACUGGAAGCACCUGAAUUUCCCGAUCCCCGAAGACGAGUCUGAAUAA